AUUGACCGCGCUCCUUUCCACUAUGCUCCCCUUUUGGCUCUCCUGCCCGUCAUCCUAUCCUCGCUUCUUCCUCUGCGUGGCCACCCUCACAGCCGCAGCUCUGCUGGGCCAUUUCAUCCUCACCGUCACCUCGCCGGCACAGGAGAUGCGCACGGGCUCUCGGCAGUUGCUGGAUCUGUCAGCAGAAUCCAGCUUUGCAAAUGGCUAUCGGGACACAGAUACCUUCCGCUUAUGUCUGAAGGAGAACGAAAAUGCCGUCAGCGGCUCAUCUCUCACGGCAGAUCUCUGCAGCAGCGGGAAGCGUGUUCACAUCGCCAUUGGCAUAGACAACACGGGACUGGAGCCCAUUCCCACCCUUCUCAACUCGGUUGACGCCAACCAUCGCAACACGCCACUGGCGGGAUGCCUGGAUGUCCAUCUCGUAACGAUGGACGUGUCGUCAACACACCCAAUCUUCGUAGCUCUGCGCGAAGAGGCCUUGGCGGCUCGAAGAUGGCCGGCAUUGAGGCUCCACCUGCUCAACUUCACUUAUCUGCAGGUGGCCAACGACGUUGCAAAGAUGCCCGCCAUCCGCCCCUAUCGCAUCGGUGCGGCCCUGCAUCGCAACGUCAACGGCGGCGGGGCUCCCAUCACGCGAGCGGCCAGUCUUCGCAUUUGGCUGCCGCACUUGUUGCCCAAGUCUGUUGGCCGAGUGCUGUAUCUCGACUACGAUGUGAUUGUGGAUGCGUCGCUGGAGGGGAUUUUCGAGCUGCCGAUGAGACAGGAUGAGGGCAUCGCGGCUCGGUCGUUCCCUGCAGAGAAGGGAGGGGGGCGGGCAGUGGUGAGGGGGUGGCUCGAGAAUGCAGGCGUCGGUGACAAGUUCGUGUACACCGGGGCCGACAGGGCAUUCAACUCAGGUCCGUGGAUGCAACUUUGAUUCGUUCAAGCGAGUGAACAUCGUCAUUUCUGUCUGUCAGGAGUGUUGUUGAUGAACCUUGUCGUGCUGCGGUGCAUGAACUUCUCGUCCACCCUGGGGAGGUGGAAUGAGCUGUGGGGCAUCAACGAUCAGACGGCACUCAAUCUCUUCUUCAACGGAAGCUACCACGAGCUUGACAGGCGAUACAACACAUUCAUCGACUCAGAAGGUGUGUGUAUUUUGUCUUAUGGAUCCAUAGUUUCUGUCUGCCGAAUGGGUGUUUUGUGUUGUGGCUGGCUGGCUGGCUGGCUGGCCGGCUUGCAGACACGGAGCACGUGUCUCCAUCUUUUGAGCCAGCCAUAAUCCACUACAAGGGCGCCAUCAAGCCAUGGAGCCGUCCCGACAGCUGGGAGGCAUUCAUCACAAGCCACACGAGAAGACACUCGUACGCCAGUCUGUGGCCGCCAUGUCUCUUCACGAGCUAUGGCGCUAGAAGAAGAAGAGACACACAUGUCAGCUAUGAUGAUGGGUGCACGUAUGUGCGGCCUGCGGUGCGUUCGCCGUUGAUAAAGAAGUGGUGGGGCGUGUGGGGCAAGUACAGGACAGAUCUCGCUUGAGUGUAGGGAUUGUGUGUGAAUCGUUGGCUGUCCGUCAGCGGAGCCAGCGUUGUGGGUAA